AUGACCCACGAUCCGACCUCUAGGAAGAUCCUCCCCCAGAGCUCGCAAAUGGCGUCUUUUAACUUCGUCCCUCAGCCUGCGCCGCAGGCGCAAAAGAAUUAUGUCUUCGUCGACGAGCACAACCGCCACAAGAGGCUCAAAGUGAUGCGCGCAUGCGAAGGCGCCCCGACGAUGCAAAGCGGCAGUGCUUCAGCUUCCUCUACCCCGAUGUCUGCCUAUGAUCCCUCCAGUCGAAGCUUCAGUGCUGCCCCUACUUCUGUUCAUGGAGGCUACUCGCAGCAGUCCAUGAUGAACACUACGCCAAAGGCCGGCGGUCCCAUAUACCAGCAGCCUUCUUUUGCAGAGAGCCAGACAAAUCUCUUCCAGGCAGUCCAGUACCCCGAUGCGCAACAGCAAUCACAACCGAACCUGCAUUACGCGAGCGUCAAUCCCGCUGUUAACGUUGUCGACGAAAGCUACGCUUCGCACAAUGUUUUCCCGACGCCCCCAUGCAUGGAGGCCCAGCUCAAGAAAAUUCCCCUGGUCAACGAAGCUGGCACAGCACCAUAUCUGCGGAACAAGGCUUCCUUUCGACGAGAAGAGGAGCCCGUGAUCGAUGAAGUCGACGAUUUCAGCGUUGUUUUGCCUCCAAUGACCCCCGGAAAAAUCAGGAUCCCACCGGCCCUGAUGCCCGAUGACGCUACGGCACACCAGUAUCUCGACCUAUACUUCACCAACGUACAUCCCUUCCUCCCCGUACUCAGCAAGGCAAUCUUCUAUCAGCAGUGGAACACGAAUAGAGCGGCAAUCUCGCCGUUGAUCCUAGAAGCCAUGUUUGCCAUUGCCGGAAGGCUAGCGGAUGAGCCGGCUCAAGGCCAGCAGUGGCUAGCUUUAGCAGCGGCGCAUGCCGAUGCAUUCAUGGACGUCCCUCGCCUCAGUACUCUCCAAGCCCUCUUGAUCAUCCUCAAGGCCAAGGAAGGAGCUCCUAAGAAAGGUUACUACUAUCGGUCUUGGAUGGCUAUAGUACAGUGCGUUCAGAUGGGCAAAGAUCUUGGCCUGGACGAGCAUUACGCGGAUCACCAAGCGGGUAGAGGGUGCGAGUCGACAGAGUUGGAAUGCCGCAUGAAGACCCGCAUCUGGCAAACCGUUUUUGCCCUCGAAGUAAUGAUUGGGUCCCCUCAAGGACGCACGGAUCUGGCGGUGGAUAUCGAUGAGGUCGACUUCCGCUUGCCCCAACCCAUUCCUGGCGACGAUGAGGAAGAGGCUGUUGUAAGCCGGAAUUUCACUCACCUUGCCAGGCUAGUCCGAAAUGUCAGCCGAAUGAACUCGGUGUAUGCGCGCAUCAAGAAGAGAAAGGAAUGGGGCAUUGACCCCGAGUUUGUUCAGCUCAACCCCUCUUUGAAUUCGUGGCUUGCAGAGCUACCAGCUGAUCUAUCUAUCACGUUUCCUCCCGACAACUCACCACCCUGGAUCCCGUCCCCAUUCGUUGGGAACCUCCACCAGUAUCAUUACUUGACUUUCAUACUGCUUCACCGGCCGCAGCUAGCAUUCUGUGAUCCCAAUGAUCUUGAGGGGAAGUGGAAGCAGCAUAUGAUGAUAUGUUAUUCCUCGGCCAAGGCGAUAUGCAGGGUACAGGAAGCCAUAUUGAACUCAUUUGGCAUGAGUGGCCUUCAGUACAUGCUCCGUGGGUUCAGCUUCCCGGUCUACUGUGCCUUGUCAUGCGUCGUACUGCACCUGGUUGCGAUGACUUCUCCGGACCCCGACUUGAACACAGACUCUAGAGAGUUUUUCCAGAGGCAGAUGCGAGUUAUGGAGAAGAUCAUGGUAGUAUGGCCGAUGCCGGAACUGCAAAGGCAAAUUGACGCCGUUCGAGAAGCCUUCUCGAUGGAUACGAGGAAGCCGUUUGUCCUCAAGCCCUCUUUCCCUACGGGAGCCCGACAUCCAGCGCCGCGACACCACCUCGCUCAAGUCCGGGCUAUAGGCCUCUGA